AUGUCGAUCAACAACGACUUCCUGUUCGGGUCUGUCGCGGCGCCAGACGUGUCGCCCAAGCGUAAGAAGUCGAGGAAGUCGAGGUCUGACGGAGGGAGCGUCCACGAGGUGGAUGGCCGGGGCUCGCAGCACCAGCCCCAGCCCGACGGGCGCAAGUGCAUCGGUUGCAACUUGAGAGACUCCGACGAGGAUCCAGUGGAUGGGCCGGGCUCGUUCGUGUGUUGGGCGUGCCCUCCCGUUUGUGGGAAGACACAGGGCGGAAAGUGCUGGUAUUGUAACAGGUCAUGGUUCACUGGUUUCCGCCACGCCCCCGAGACGGGCAGCUUCGAGAAAUUGAUGACCGUCUGCGGCACCGACGACGCCGUCCUCCAGAAGUUCAACAACGUUCGGUCUUUGAUUUUGGACAAGUGCGUGAAACAAGGGAGCAGGCACAUCCAUGUGCGCGCUAACGAGGUGAAGGCCGUCGUGACUACCGUCGAGCGCACCAUGGUCUCCCUCGAGGAUGACGACGACGUCGUGGAGCUGGAGUACUACAAGAACGAGUACCACGGCGGCAUGGGGGACCCCGUCACGAACGGCAAGGGGCACACUAUCUUGAUGAUCCAGGGGGUCAUGCACGUCAGAGUCCCAGGGCCGCCUGUGAAGAAGUUGAAGCGGUGCCAGCAGAGCAUCGUGGACGUCACGAGGAUGGCCGACGACGGCGGCCUCGCGCUCUCCGACACCCACGCGGCUGAUGUCGCCCAGCAGCUCUCGACGAACAUUGGGGCGCACACAGACGGGGCUGGCGAGCGCGUCAGGGCCCCGCCCGCCAUGGACGCCGUCGCCGAUGCUAGGGCGCCGAAGCGGCCCACCCAGGCUGCCUCGCAGCCCUCGCCCUCGCCGCCGAGUUCGAGCUCUGCGACCGGCGCGCGCCCCAUGACCAGCCCGCCCCAGGUCUUGGGCAUGCAGGUGGUCGUCCCCGCGCUGCCAGGAGCGGCGGCUUCGCCGUCGGAGGUGCAGGCCGAGGAUGCGUCGGCGAAGCGGGCCCGGCCCCCGGCGUCGGCCGCCAGGCCCGCCGCCAAGCCCAGGGCGGCCGCGGCCAAGGCCAGCGCUGCGCCCGCCCCAUCCGGAGCGGGCGGCGGCGCAGGUGGCAAGGCGGGCAGGAAGAGGCGGAACUUGGUCUCGGAGACGGAGAAGGUGGCCAGUCAGUUCCAUCAAGCCGCUGCGGACGACAAGACGUUCUUUGGCCGCGGCCACGCGGGCAUGGUCGCCUGGCUCAAGCGGUUGUGCAAGGACUACGCGGAGAGGAUCCCAACGAUCCAGGAGUACGACUCGCACAUCUUGGGACAGAAGAUUGCCAAAUCCAUCCUGUCCAUCUGCACGGCGUGGAAGAAGCAUGGCCUGGAUUCGUCGGGUUUCGCCGGCGCCAUCAAGGACGCGAUCCAUUUCCUUGAGAUGCUGCCUGCAGCGAGGACCGACUUCUUGCCUGACUUCAUCCGCAUGUCGGAAAAGAAGUUCGCUGUGUCGGCAUGCCCCGCCGAUUCAACGUUCUGGCCAAUGUUGUCGCGCGACAGCGUUGGCAUGACAGAGGCGGCCCCAGCCGCCUGGGAGCAGUUUAUCUCGGAGAUGAUUCUUGACAAGCUGAUUGACUGUCUGGAGCUGAAGGACGGCUUUGAGCCGCAGAUCGCCAAACUCUUCGAGUGCCCGGACGCGCUCGACAAGGCCGACCUGACCGGGGACGUCCAGGAGCAGGUGAAAGCUCUCGAGAUGCUGGUGAAAGGUGCGACGUCCCCAGUGGAGACCCUGCACGCCUGGUCGCGGGCCGACCUUGUCUCGGCGAUGGCGAUUGUGAACGACAAGCAGAAGAAGAUCGCGAACUGCCCCUCGCUGUACGCCCCGGGCCGCAAGCUCGUCCAGCGCAUGACCUUGAGGGUCGAGAGCUUGGUGCAGAGCGAUGCGAAGAUCGAGACGUUCAUUGCCGCGGCGGACAUCAAGCGGACCGAUCAGAUGUUCACGGAGGCGGCGGGCAGCAUGAUCAAGCACGUCUUCGUCUUGUACGAGAGGUUCUUCGAGUGGGGGCAUUGGCUGUGCAAGUCUGCGGCGGAGAACGCUGCCGAGCCGUGGCCCGAGAGCAUCGCGAGGAGCGCCCUCGCCGACCUCGAGGGUCCGUUGGCGGCCAUCCCCCACGCCGCGCAGUUCAAGGCGUUGUGCAGCAAGUUGGAUAUCACCACGCGCGUGACCUGGGAGCAGAUCGACGGGGCUCGCGUGCAGAUGUCGACCCUGCUGUCGCAGAUGCCCGAUGCGCUGAAGGUGUUGGCCCAGAUCAAGAAUGAUACGUCGAGCGUCACCAGGGAGGAUGCCUCGCUGUUCCCGCGGCUCUUCUACAACUUCGAGAUGAAGUUCGGCUGGGUGAAGAUGAUAUGUGAGCCCGGCGCCGAUGCGCAGGUUCUGGCACGCUGCUCGGAGGCGUUUGCCAAGGCUCUGGAGGCCGCGCACAACGAGGGGCACGUCGCCGAGAAGGUCGCCAAGUGCAUCGCUGAGGACCCGAUCGUGAAGAGCGCCCUGGACGAGAUCUGGGAUGGCAUCCCAGCGGAGUUCCUGAGCAACACCGUGCCUGCUCAAGUGCGCCCUCUCUGCAAGGACGUGGUGGCGACGGCCAACCUCGUCGGCAGCAUCGGCGACGCGAAGCUCGCGCAGCAGUUCCAGGUCCUACAGGACUGCCACGUUUGCGCUUCCACCCGGGCGAACAUGAAGGCGAGGCGCGGGGCCCAGGGGCCGACGUUCUCGAGCGAGGACUCGGAGGCGUUCGUGGCGGCCCGCUCCACGCUCGCUUCGGCGCGCACCAGCUUGGCGAGGCCCUCCUUGGCCAGGUGCUUCAACGGCGUCGAGGGCGGCGCCCCCGCGGACGCCGUCCACCCCCCGAAGUUCGACGGCUGCGUGGGCCCAGUCGACCUCGCCAACGCCUGCAUCAACGCCCUGGAGAGCGAGCUCGGCAUCUGGGCGGAGAAGUGGAGGGCGUCCGCGCAGAAGCUCCUGGAGGACGUGGGGGGCGCGUGCCCGCGCGGCUGGCAGGUCUACAAGGUCCAGGGCUGGGCCCUCCACAUCCUAGAGACCCUGAUGGAUGACGUGAACGAGAACGUUCGCCAGAGCCUCUUGGGCAGCGCCAAGUUCCAGGAUCUCAGCGGCCACUCGCAGAUGCUGUGUGAGUGGCAGAAGACAAUGAAGAUCGUGAGCUCCAGAUCUGGCGGAUCGGCGACGUUCGAUCCGAAUUUCAUGAAGAUGGUGAAGAGCACGCUGGCCUUAGGCGUCGACACCGUCACGACGACCUUCGCCCUCUUCAAGCUGACCGGCGAGAUCAGCGAGAUGAGGAGCCGCGUGGAGCGCAAGAAGGCGAUCCGCGCGUUGCGGGAG